UCGGCAUAGUACAAUACAGUAUUGUACUAGGAUGUCCUAAUUGGUCCCUGCGCGCGCACUCACUUGCGGGCAACACAGCCUUGCUCUUCUUUCCAGCUCUUCUUCCAACUUAUUGUUCUUGACAGUAUUCUUCUACCCAUUCUCAUAUUGUUAACUCUUCAUUGAAACUAGAUUUUAGCAUCUUGUUUUCUUCAACACUACUACCUAGUACACUACCCAGUACAUUCGACACUCAGAAGCUCAGAAGCUCAUUUUCUUGAACCGUUCACGAUUCCUUAAUCCAGCCCACAUCCGCUGUUCUCGUCAGUCCCAACCUGCGACCGAACGAAAAUUGACUCUAUAAUCGACUAAGGAGACCUCUACGUCAUCAACGGUCUGGUAUUUCAAGUACAAUUAUUGAAUACCUCAUAUACAUACCACAACGACAAACUUAGGUGGUCACAGGCCCAGACGGUCGCAAUGACGUCUCAGCAAGUUCUCUUCGCUGAGACCAUUGCGGCGAUGAAGAAGGCCCGCAAGAGAAAGGCAUAUGAGUCUGAUUCUGAUUCCGAAAUCCACUACCACGGUAAUCGAGGCCAUAAAUUGAUGAAAAGGGCCAGGUUUGUCCACGAGGGACAACUGGCACCCCCAUCUGGACCUGAAGUAUACAAGGAGGUCGUCAACCAUGCCGGCUACCAGAGAGCCAUCAUUAGCCGAAACCCAGCGCUCAUUGACGACGAAGGUUAUGAAAUCGACAGUGACGACGACCAAGAAUAUAUUCAAGAUGUUACCAACUCGGCAGCCGAAUUCAAUCCAUACGCGAAUGUGCGACUCGAAAAUAUUCUGGCCCCCCUAACCACUGUUACCGAACUCCCCACACAUCCUACCUUAUCGCGCCCUUACACUACCAAAACCCUCACAGACUUGGCGAAGCAGAGCUGUAAUAUCAUGCACAAAGAAAAUGCAGCGCUGUGGAAAGUCAAGCACCUGCAGACUAGACUUGUCGGUGACCAUAUUUGGGCGCCUUGCGAACUCAUGCUCGGUCCUAAUGACAUCGAACUAUAUCGCGAUGACUUUAUAGAUUAUAAUAGCCAGGCGCAAGGAUCUGUGAAGUCGGAUGCCAACACAUUGUCACUGGAGGAUGUACAAGUAAGGACUGGCAAGGGUGUAAAGACCGCCACGAAAGACGAUCCUUCUGUGGCUAUCAAUGAUAUAAUAGCAGCCAACGGAGUGAAAACUGGCGAUAUUGAUACCCCUAUGGGCAAUACCGGACCCCCCGCCGACAACAACUCCGCCGCUCUAGAGAGGAACGAGAAGAUCGUUACCGAGAGUCAGGGUCAUGAUGCCGAAGGCAGUAAACCUAGCGGGGGACCUGAUAAGCCAGAAGAAGCAGACACAAAAGCUGAUCCAAUCGAGAAUGGGCAGCCCGGAGUUGUUAAUGCCGGUAAUGGGGUUGAAGGGUCGCAAACGGUGGGUACUCGUAGCGCAUUAGCAACGAACGCCUUAGCGGUGCCCACCAGAAGGGGGGGGGCAGACAAAGUAGCCCAGCAUAGCCAAGCCCGUAGGGAAACAGAACAUGAGGGUAGCCGGGCUGUAUCAGUAUUGUCAGAACUCACGGACGAACCCCCUAUACACCCUCUUUUCCUACAUCCCCAAUCAGCUCGCCCCGAUAGGGAUCUAGGAAUCCCGGAAGGGGAAGCGGACGAUAUGCGGCGAUUGUUGCAGCUAUAUGUACAGAAACAGGAGGAAGUAUGCCGGGGAGCAAAGCGACUAUACGAAGGACUACUCCGAGCCGACAGGUUGCGGAAGACGGUUCUUCAGUGGUCGAAAUUCGAGGCGCAUGUUGGGCCGCAUCACGACAUGUCGGACGGGGAGGACUGGUACGACAAAGAAGAGUGGGGUCUGGAGGAUGAUCUUAAGAAGGGGCAAGACGAAGAGGAAGAGGAUACGACGCAGACGACCAAAAAGACAAGGACGCGCAGAUGAUGAUGAUUCGUUUGAUAGACUCAUGGGUCUAGAAUAGGUAGGUAGAACCUUGGAAGCUAUCCAUAGAAUACCCCAAGGCUCUAAGCAAUGGUUGGCUAAGUCCAACUCCUCUUUCAAGGAGAAGCGUAGUUAGUAUACUGGCUGAUUCUUCUAGAUGGAGCCGUCCAUGGAUCAGUGCAGGUAGUUGGUUGAAUACAACAUUGAAGGUUGUGACAUGAGAAAUAACGUUAAAGACAUCCAGUUUUUUAUUAUUUUGUUCCCUUUUGACACUCAAGUCCUGACUUUAGGUGCCUAUGGCCCUAUGUAAGGGAGUAAGUAGUAAUGGUUGAAGAAUUCAAGGUGGCUCAAGCGUUAGCUAGGUGCAGGAUGAGACCAUAUGACUGGUGAAUGUCUCACACGGCAGGGAAUUGUUGAACCUUCAGUGUGCC